CCAAGCCAUUACAAGCUUCAGAGGAAGCUGUUUAUGUGACUCCAUCACUAAUUAGGGCUCAUGAACUAACAAAUCGCUUGCACAACUGGUGAAGAACUGAUCACAUUCAUGGAUUGUCUGGACUAGGCGAUUACCUUUAAAGAGAUUUGUUUUUUUUUUGAGAGAGAAUUUUUUCGACCUGAUUUAUUUUUCGUUAUACAACUUAUACAUCGCAGGAAAACUUUCAACCUCGGAGUGGAGUAUUUUUAAAAUAGAAAACUUGCUUUGACUUGAGCUGGUGGAUUUUGACUGGUAAAACAUGUUUCAGCCGACACCGAAGCGGUGUUUUACUAUUGAAUCGUUGGUAGCGAAGGAUAAUCCUCAACCGGCGUCGAGGUCAGAGGAACCCAUUCGACCAGCAGCUCUCAGCUAUGCAAAUUCAAGCCAGAUGAAUCCUUUUUUGAACGGCUUUCACUCCAGCGGCAGGGGCGUCUACUCUAAUACGGACUUGGUGUUCGCUGAGGCGGUUUCGCAUCCUCCAAACUCCGCUGUCCCGGUUCAUUCUGUACCCCCUCCACAUGCUUUGGCUACUCACCCGUUAUCGUCCUCGCAUAGUCCGCACCCUCUUUUUGCUAGUCAGCAAAGGGAUCCUUCAACUUUUUACCCUUGGCUAAUUCAUAGAUAUAGGUAUUUGGGGCAUAGAUUCCAAGGGAACGAAACAAGCCCAGAAAGCUUUCUUUUACAUAACGCAUUGGCAAGAAAGCCCAAAAGAAUUCGGACAGCUUUUUCUCCUUCGCAACUACUGCGGCUUGAACACGCUUUCGAAAAAAAUCAUUAUGUUGUUGGUGCCGAACGAAAACAGCUUGCUCACAGCCUUAGCCUCACAGAAACUCAGGUAAAAGUUUGGUUUCAGAACCGAAGAACAAAAUUUAAACGGCAGAAACUAGAAGAAGAAGGGUCAGACUCCCAACAAAAAAAGAAAGGAACGCAUCAUAUAAAUCGAUGGAGGCUUGCCACGAAGCAGGGGAGCCCGGAGGAAAUCGACGUCACUUCAGACGAUUAAAUUUAUGAUCGCGGGACGUCGGCGUUAUGGAUGACACUGAAAAGAAUACCCAGUAGCAGAGAAACUGAGGGUAAAGACAAUAUUAAAAAAUCGAUUCUUUGGAGAUCGGCAGCUGAUAGUGAGAAGUCGGACUGGUGGUACUGUUAUCAAGACCACGGAACUGUCAAUCCAAUUCAAAAUACCAAGGCAAGUUGACACAGAUGUCACGUGCAGAUACCUACUACGACCUCACACUCACACGCCCCCGCCAUCCAUCGCAUACACAAAACUAUUAUCUUCAGAAAACACCCACUACAAUAUCAAUCCAAUUCGCAUUGGACAUUUGCACUUAAGAGACUUUCUAAAUAUAAGCGUUCCACUCGAGAUACCAAAACACUUAACUGCUUUUUGUAAACUUGAAUUGCAUGGCAAAUCAUAUUUGAUUGUUAGUUUUCUUUUACCCUUUUCAUAUGCAUUGGUUUUAAUUCGAUCUCCUCAGAGAUAUUGUGUGCUUCAUUUUUACAGCAGUGUGCAGUCUGAACGUUUGACUUCUCGUGUUUAAGUGAUUGUGAAAACAAUAUGAAGUAGCAGUGCUGCGUUAUAGUGUUUUUUAAGAGACAAACGAGAUUAAUUGCAAAACUUUAUAAAAGUUUGCUACACCACAAGGAGAGUACUUUAAAUACAAGUAUUUAGGACAUUCCUUUAAUCUAAAGCUUUACUAUGUCUCCGUAACCUUGAUACGUACAUUGUAAAAUCUAGCCCUCCUGUACUCGCUGCCAAGAAGGAUUAAUUGUAAUAACUGACGACCCUGUGGGCAGCAAGAUUUUAAGCACUGAGCAUAUUCCAUGUAUAAAGGUACUAAAAGUUAAUGUUUCUGUUACUCUUUUACCAGAAUGUAAAUAGUUUUGUGCUUGUGUUAAGUUUGCUACAAUUUUAACACAAAGAAUACUUCUAAGAAGUAUGUCAUUGUCAAUAUUUUGUGAAUAAAGUUUUAUC